AUGGCUUCCGCGAAGGACAUGGAUCGGAUAAUAGGGCCAUGGAGUCCCGAAGAGGACGAAGCCUUGCGGAGGUUGGUUCAGAUUCACGGGCCUAGAAACUGGUCCAUCAUAAGCAAAUCCAUUCCGGGACGGUCUGGGAAAUCGUGCCGGUUGCGGUGGUGCAAUCAGCUGUCGCCCGAGGUGGAGCACCGCCCUUUCACGGCGGAGGAAGACGAAACGAUACUAAAGGCGCACGCCAGGUUAGGGAACAAGUGGGCCACCAUCGCUCGCUUGCUCAACGGCCGGACCGACAACGCCAUCAAGAACCAUUGGAAUUCCACCCUAAAGAGAAAAUGCUCCGACCCUCCCUCCCACCCUCAGCCCCUGAAAAGACAUGCCACCGGUUCGAGUAGCCCACCCGGAUCCGAUUUGAGCGAGUCGGGUUUACCCGCUACUUAUCCGAUCCCUAUUUACCAACCUCUUCUGCGGAGGGUAAGUGUGAACCUCGUGCCCUCAACCCUACUUACGGAAAGUGCAUCUUCUUGCGCAACUCAUCUGGCGACCUCACUGAGCCUGUCUCUACCUGGAUCCAAUUCGUGCGAUGGGGAUAACAAUGGACCUGCGUCUGGUCCUAGUCCGAAUGAGGGGCCUAGUUGCGAGCGGACGGAAGAGAUGAGGCUUAAGUCGGAGCUCUUCUUCAGCGAAGAGUUGUUGAAGGUGAUGCAAGAUAUGAUACGAGUUGAAGUGAGGAAUUACAUGUCUGGACUGGAACGAAACGGUGUGUAUGCAAACCAAUGCCAUUAG